AUGGGCGUCGGUCGGUGGCUGGCUGAAUAUUUACCAGAAGUCAUCAAUGACUUAGUUUGUCCUGCAGAUGCCAAGGAAGAACUCUUGAAUGAAUGUGAAAGCAUUUGGAAACAGAUCGAAGAGUGUCAGAGCAAGCUAAUGCUUCUAGGAAUGGAAACACUGUUAAAAUCGGAUGACAAGCUUUCCUUGUUAAUGAUGAGAGUGAAAGCUUUAGCAGCGGAACAUAAUCAAUGGCAAAAAAGAAGUCCUGAAAUAAUUUCUACCAAUCCAGAUGUACUGUUAGCAUUGGGAAAAGAAGAGUUGCAGAAAGUAAAGAAUGAUCUUGAAAUGGUGCUGUCAACAGUUCAGUCAAAGAAUAAACAACUGGAAGAAGAUCUGAAAAGAGAGCAGCAGUGGCUUGAGGAAGAGGAACAGGUACUAGAUGCUCUUAAUGGAAUUGAAGAAGAGACAAAAAAACAAGUUGAACAACUUCCUAAAGCAAGACAGAAAGUUAGAGCAUUUCAUGAACUGCAAAAUAAAAUGUUGAAACUAAGGGUAUACAAGGAAGAACUCUUGAAUGCUCUGGGUGAAUUCCUAGAAGAACAUUUUCCCCUUCCAGAGAAAGGUGGGAGUGCUAAAAAGAAGAAUUCUUCUGAAGAGCCAGCUGUAGAACUGAUAACGCUACAUGAAGUUUUAGAGAUUCUUAUAAACAAAUUAAUGAGCACACCACAUGAACCCUAUGUAACAAUCAAUGACUCAUUUUGGCCACCUUAUAUUGAACUGCUGCUGCGAUAUGGAAUUGCCCUGAGACAUCCAGAAGAUCCAAACAGAAUACGCCUAGAAGCCUUUCAUAUGUAG